ACCUGCCUUGGAGCGAGUCUGAGCACCAUUCCUCUCACCCUCGUCAAUUUCCGGUGAAACUAAAGAAAGAAGGGCUUGAGAUUCAGAUCAAUAUUGGAUGGCGAGUUCCGUAGACACUGCAGGAGAACCUAUUCCGACAUCGGCGGUGCUAAUGUCGGCGUCGAAGCACAUAGCGAGUAGAUGCAGAGGUGAAAAUGUUGCCUUCCUCAAGUGCAAGAAGGAGGACCCCAACCCCGAGAAAUGCCUUGAUAAGGGCAGACAAGUGACUCGAUGUGUCUUGUCCUUGCUGAAAGAUCUUCAUCAGAAGUGCACAAAAGAGAUGGAUGCUUAUGCCGGCUGCAUGUACUACAAUACCGAUGAAUUUGAAUUAUGCCGCAAACAACAGAAGGAGUUCGAGAAAGCUUGCCCUUUAAAUUGAGCGGGAACAAGAUUCUUAUAUUUCUCAUCGCCCGUAAUAAUUUGGCUGGUUUGCCGAGUGCAACCUAGUCCGUCUUUUUAGGCCAACUCAUGUGAUGUUAUUUUGCAAGCAAUGUUUGUCAUAUAAGAUCUGCAGUUUCACAAAUUGACUUGAUUUUCCUCAUUCUAUUGUAACCAUUGCACUUGAAUUUGGCCCUCAAAAAAGCCAAUGGAGCAAAUAUCUUGGAAGUUUUUCAA